AUGUCUUUCACACUCCCAACAGAACGUAACGUGGUCUAUUCAUACUUCCAAAAGUUCGAUAAAGACAGCUCGGGUCACAUCAAUCUCAAAGAACUCAAUGAUCUCCUUCUCGAUCUCGGAUUCAAAGUCGAAGUUGUCAGCGACGACAAUGUCAAACAAUGGAGAGAUCCAAAAAAGAGAGAAGUCAUUGCGAUUGCAAAUUUAAUUGACAAGGACCAUUCGAAAUCGAUUUGUUUCGACGAAUUUUAUACUUGGUGGAUUAAAUUGAGCGGAGAUGGAUUUUCCAAGUUGACUAAACGAGUAAAAGUAUUAACCAAUGCUUUCGAAGCUUUUCAAAAAUUCGACACGGAUAAGAGUGGAUUUUUAGAUUUUCCAGAUGAAUUUAACAAAUUUUAUGAUGAAAUGUUAGCCGAUGAAAAUGUUUCAAAGGAAGAAGUGAUGAAAUCUCUCGAUCGAGAUGGAGAUGGAAAGAUUACAUUCCAAGAAUUGGUCAUUUCACUUGGUAUUUUAAAUAAUUAA